GAUGACGCUAUCACUCUGCGCUGGCGCAUAUGCGCUGCCGGCCCGGUGUGCGGCUGGGGCGGGAGAGCGUUCCUGAGAUGCGGCGCUGACCUCCAGCUGGUGACCAUCCUUCCUUUCCCUCCCCCCAACACCUUCCACCAUGGCGGCCCGCUUGGUGCGCCGCUGCUGCUGGCGGCACUUGGGUGCCUUCCUCUCCACUCCCUCGGCAGUCCCGGCUUCUCUGCUGGUGCCAGCGGGGAAGGUGGUGAUGGCAAGAGCUCUGCCUCAAGCCCCUUCGGCUCUUUUUCAUGCUUCCAGCCCUUCCAGCUGGGCAGAUGGCUUCUCAGUCAAAGAGCAGGUGGAGGAAAGCGGAAAUCCCGAGCACAAAAUGAUCGGGGAACUGAUUGAAACAGCCACGAGCCCUCAGGAACUCUUCCAGUUGAGUGAGCUCCAUGAGCUUAACAGCAACCAAGCCUCUCUGGUGAUCACUCAGCUUUCCCGGCUCGCGGCAGAAAAAAAACUGGAAACGGAGAGCAUCCUGCAGGAUGAACGGUUCCAGCAGCUCGUCGGCAUCACGGAUUCCCAGAUUUCUCAGGUGUGGAAUAACACCUUGGUGAACCUCCUGAAGAGCCUCUACUCCCUGGGGAUGGAGAGCAGCAGGAGGGAGAUGCAGUCGGUGGAGCAGGAGGUGCUGUGGCGGCUGCGGCGUCUCACCUUCAGGCAACUGGCCUCCUUGGCAGAGUUCUUGGCCGUGAAACAGGGGAAGGAGAACAAGCUGCUCAACGAAGUCAUCAAGAAGCUGGAGCUGCGUUGGACGGAGCUGGAGGGCACCCGAACCGUGGUGACCCUGAUGGGGAAGGUUGGGCACAUCUCCCCAGCUCUGAUGGACCGGCUGGAGGACAAGGCUCUGGAACUCGCUGAACAGUUCAACCCCGAUGACAUCCGGAAAAUAACGCUGGCUCUCGCCUACCAGAACCGGCGCUGCGUCCCCCUGCUGCGAGCCUUGUCCUACCACCUCAUCCAGAAGCACCCUGAGCUCAGCCUCAACGUCCUGAUGGACCUGAUUUUUGCUUAUGGAAAACUGAAUUUCCACCAGCCCCAGGUCUUCCAGAAAAUAGCCACCGACCUCCACCCCCACGUUGCCACCAUGACGCCCGUGGAGGUGACGCGCUGCAUCAGAUCCUUCGCCCUCCUCAAGUGGCUCAGCCUCCCCCUCUUCGAGGCCAUCGCGCAGUACACCCUGGACAACACCAAGCAGCUGUCAGUCACCCAUCUGUGCAGCAUCAUCCUGUCUUUCGCUCGCCUCAACUUCCAGCCCAGCGGAAGCGAGGACUUCUUCAACAUGGUCCACGAGGAGCUCCAAGGUGAGUUGGACAACCUGGAGCCUCACCUUCUGACCGACCUGGUGUGGUCUCUCUGCGUGCUGCAGCAGGCCAAGGCUCCCUACCUGCAGCGAGUGCUGGCCCCCAACUUCUACGCGCGGAUCCGAGGUGACCAGUCCCUCAAAGCCCAGAGUUUACGGCUGAAGCUCCUCCACAUCAACGCUGCUGCCAAACUGGAAAGCCCCGAGUACCGGGGGCCAUUCCUGCCGACGGAGAUGCUGAGCACCUCGGAGCCAACGGGGGAGAAGGUGACCUUUCUGCAGAGCAGCCUGCGGGAGGCGCUAGUGGGGGUCCUGGGGAGCAGGGACAAGGGACGCUUCGAUGUCCACACCAUCUACGGCUGGCACAUCGAUGCCGAGAUGGUGGUGAACAGUGAAAAUAAACCUCUCCCCGUGAAGGACUUUGCUGCUCCCCAUCUGCUCCGCUCGGAAGGGACGAAGCCGCUGCCGCCGGGUGCCAGGAGGGUCGCCUUCCUCCGGUGGGAGUUCCCCAACUUCAGCAACAGAAGCAAGGACCUGCUGGGCCGCUACGUCAUGGCCCGGCGCCACAUCCAGGCGGCCGGCUUCCUCGUGGUGGACGUCCCUCACUAUGAGUUCCUGGAGCUGAAGGUGGAGCGGCAGAGGACAGCCUACCUCAGGGACAAGCUCAACAAGGCCAUGGCCAAGGAGAUGGCGAGUUAACGGUGCCGUGUCCCCCCCCCAAAGUUAAAAACCUGCUCCAAUAAACCCCCCCACUGUACAGUG